CAGGGGAUGCGCACCACAUGCUCCGGGGGCUGCUGAGCCCACCGCCGCCCGGGCAGCCGCUGCCCCGCCGCGCCUCAGCGCCAUGGCGGCGGCGCCGCUCGAUGACGCCGUGAGGCGACGGUCCGCCCGCCCGCCUUCCUCACCGCCCCCGCCGCCGGCCUUCCUCCUUCCCUGCCUCUGUCCCUACCCCUCCUCAGCCGGCUCCACGCGAGGAGGACAGCGCUGCAGCAGGAAUGACGGUGAACACCCCGCUGUGUUUCAGAGGGAAGAACAUCCUGGCGCCCAUGGUGCGAGUGGGAACCUUACCGAUGCGUCUUCUGGCCCUGGACUACGGUGCUGACAUCGUGUACUGUGAGGAGCUGAUUGACAUAAAGAUGCUGCAGUGUAAGAGGGUUAUAAAUGAAGUACUUGAAACAGUGGACUUUGUUGCACCAAAUGAAAGAGUUGUUUUCAGAACUUGUGAAAGGGAGAGGCACUCCGUUGUCUUUCAGAUGGGUUCAGCAGAUGCUGAAAGAGCCUUGGCGGUAGCUAAGCUUGUAGAGAGUGAUGUAGCUGGCAUUGAUAUCAACAUGGGCUGCCCAAAAGAAUAUUCUACUAAGGGUGGCAUGGGGGCAGCACUGCUAUCUGAUCCUGACAAAAUUGAGUCUAUACUGACUACUCUUGUUAAAGGAAUUUGUAAGCCAGUAACCUGCAAAAUCCGCAUUUUGCCCUCAGUUGAGGACACCGUGAAUCUAGUGAAGAGAAUAGAAAAAACUGGUAUCGCUGCCAUUGCAGUCCAUGGAAGGAAGAAGGAGGAGAGGCCUCAGCACCCUGUCCACUGUGAUGUGAUCAAAGCCAUAUCUGAAGCAGUCUCCAUUCCAGUAAUAGCAAAUGGAGGCUCUCAUGACUUCAUCAAAGAAUAUAUGGACAUUGAGACCUUCCGGAAAGCAACAGAUGCCUCAUCCGUAAUGAUAGCUCGUGCUGCCAUGUGGAACCCAUCCAUUUUCAGAAAAGAAGGUCCUUUCCCCUUGAAGGAAGUUAUGCAAGAUUACAUCAAAUAUGCAGUGAGAUAUGAUAAUCACUAUACCAACACAAAAUACUGUUUGUGUCAGAUGUUAAGAGAACAAUUAGAAACUACUCAGGGCAAGAAGCUGCAUGCUGCACAGUCCACACAGGAAAUCUGUGAAGCCUUUGAAAUGGCUGAUUUCUAUGAAGAAACAACAGCUAUUUUUGAAGCAAAGAAAACAUCUCUGGAAACUAAGAUACAAGAUGAAGAUGACCAGAUAGAAGAUCCAGAUGUAAUAAAAAUGGCUGUUAGAUUUGACAAGCGAGAAUAUCCACCGCAAAUUACUCCAAAAAUGUAUCUUCUGGAAUGGUGUAGGAAAGAAAAGCAUCCUCAGCCUGUUUAUGAAACUGUUCAAAGACCACUGGAUAGACUGUUCUGUUCAGUUGUGACAGUAGCUGACCAAAAAUACAGAUCAACUCUGUGGGACAAGUCAAAGAAACUAGCAGAACAGGCUGCAGCUAUUGUCUGUCUGAGAACACUGGGUGUCCCAGAGGGAAAGCUGUGUGAGGGAGAAAACCACCUGAUAAACAAACGCAAGAGGGAAGACCUGGAGCACUUGAAUAACAGAGACCAUGGAAAAGAUCUUGCUGAACCUUCCCACAAAAAAGCUAAUUUUACUGAAGAAACUUCUGACAUGAAUGUGCCUCAGAUGCCACGGUAGCAUGGAGAUCAGAGGUUUCAGACAGUUUCACAGAAGCUACAAAUAAACUCCUGUUUGUAUAUCUUGCUGUACACAUUUCGUUUGGAUUCUCUGAGAGAUAAAUUCCCCAGGUGUGAAAGAUGCCAGUAAGAUGUUUACUAUUCACCACUCACUGUCCCUGUGGUGCCUUUCAGACUGGAUAAAUUAGCAGUUUGAUUUUAGAGAACAUUGAGAAUAUUAUCCCAAACAAUAAAUUUUUUAAUAUCAGAUGCUUUCAAGGCUA